CUGCGCACCGGUUGGCUGUGUGUCGGCGAACUGCGCGCCGACGCAGAGGCCUGACAGCGCGGGUCUUGGGUCGGUCGUGGCGGCCUGGCUUUGUUUUUAGGCCAGGUCUCUAGGACCGGCCCGGGAAGAUGGUGCUGGGGAGUUGCCCUGUGAGUUACCUACUGCUGUGCGGCCAGGCGGCCUUGCUGCUGGGGAACCUGCUGCUGCUGCACUGUGUCUCUCGGAGCCACUCGUUUAAUGCCACGGCCGAAGUGGAUCUCACACCCUCAGGUUCCGCUCACCCGGAGGGUUCCGCAGCCCCGAGCUGGGAAUACAGCGACCCCCAGUCUCCGGUCAUCCUUUGCUCUUACCUACCCGACGAGUUUGUAGAUUGUGAUGCCCCAGUGGAUCACGUUGGAAAUGCAACUGCGUCCCAAGAGCUUGGUUAUGGUUGUCUCAAGUUUGGGGGUCAGGCCUACAGUGAUGUGGAGCAUACUGCAGUCCAGUGCAGAGCCCUGGAUGGAAUUGAGUGCGCCGGCCCCCGGACCUUUCUACGAGAGAAUAAGCCUUGUAUAAAGUACACCGGACACUACUUUAUAACCACGCUGCUCUACUCCUUCUUCCUGGGAUGUUUUGGCGUCGACCGGUUCUGUUUGGGGCACACUGGAACAGCCGUCGGGAAGCUGCUGACCCUGGGAGGACUCGGGAUCUGGUGGUUUGUCGACCUGAUUUUGCUCAUCACUGGAGGCCUGAUGCCCAGUGAUGGCAGCAACUGGUGUACUGUAUACUAAAGCUGCUGAUGUCCUGCUGGCAAGGAGAAAAGUGCUUGGCUGCCCGCCUACUUAUUACAAACUCCAAAUCCUCCUCAGGGCAACACUGUCCUCUUUAGAAGUUCAGACUGAAUUUUUCAGUCCAAACCUUACCUUGCAGACCAGAAAUGGCCAGCAGUGUCGUGGGAGUCCAGUCCU